AUUUUGGAUUAUUUGUCAGAAUGCUAUCAGCAUAAGGCAGCGGUUGUUCGAUGAUUGUACAUUUUUAUAUACUGUCAGAAUUGUAUGCACAGCAUUAUUCUGCCAUUCGUAGCUCAUAGCUGUUAUGCAGCUGGAGGGUUAACUGGUAAACCUUACAAUACAGGGACAUAUAGUUUAGACAUAGCUCAGUUAAUAAUAGGUAACCCCAGGAAUAUGAAAGCAAAUGAAGUGCUCAAUAGCUGGUGCAAGGACACACCACCCCCUCCCUCCCUCAACGACCCCUCCUGAGCUCACAGUUCAAGCUAAUCAUUGACAGGACUAUUACAAUCCAGUUCUAUAGAGCAGCUGAGAUAAGACAGUCCUGCGCUAGGAGCAGAAGACAGCAGUAGGUGCAGUGGGAUCUCAUCCAUUCUCCCUGCACAAACUGAAUGGAAGUCUCUCCAUCCUUACAUGUGAAAGGAGCCCCCCAGUAGCCGGGAGAAUAGGAGGGGGCACAAUGGCUACAUUUUGGUUAAAGGGCUACUACUGGAUCCUGUUGGUUUUGACAAGAGAAGUCAUUGGAAGUCCUGGAGAAGGCAUACAAGUCUGGGAAAGACUAAGUCAAGUGAACUAUCUAAAUGAAAGUCAGCUCUUUACCCAUGGGACAUUUCCUCCUGGCUUUCUUUGGGGUGUGGGCAGUUCAUCCUUACAGAUGGAAGAUGAUCACUGCAACAGGGGACCUUCUGUAUGGGACCAAUUUAUGAAGACCCACCAGUCUUGGAAAGGCAUCCCUACCAUGGACCAGUCUGCAGACAUCUCAGACACUUUCUCAAGCAAGGAGAUGCCAGCUCUAGAAUUUUUAGGAGUGGACUUUUACCAUCUCUCAAUUUCUUGGCCAAGACUGUUCACACAUGGAAAUAGUAUCCCCAGUGAGCAAGGUGUGCGUUACUACAACAGCAUCAUCAAUAUGCUGAUCAGAAAGGGCAUUCAGCCAGUGAUCACCCUUUACCACUGGGAUCUACCUGUGCCCAUCCAGGAAAAUUAUGGAGGCUGGGCCAAUCAGAGUGUCAUCCAUCUCUUUAAUAACUAUGCCAGGUUCUGUUUCCUAAACUUUGGGGAUCGUGUCAAGUAUUGGAUCACCAUGCACAACCCUUAUCUGAUCGCCUGGCAUGGGUAUGGCACAGGGAUGAAUGCCCCUUGGAUAAAAGGAGAUGAAGCAGCUGUGUCUGCAGUGGCACAUAACCUCAUCAAGGCCCACGCUAUGGUCUGGCAUACCUACAACACUCAUUUCCGCCCAUCUCAAAAGGGAUACAUAUCUGUGACAUUGGGCUCCCACUGGAUAGAACCAGAGAAAAGACAUAUUGACUCAUCAACUAUUAACAUGUGUCAAGAAUCCAUGGAUACUGUACUGGGACGCUUUGCAAAACCUAUUCAUAUCGAUGGAGACUACCCAGAAAGCCUAAAGAGAAAAUAUGGCUCUAACCUUCCCACAUUUUCCGAUUAUGAAAAAGCUCAUAUUAAAGGGACAGCAGACUUUUUUGCAUUCUCCUUUGGACCCAAUAACUUUAAGCGGUCAAAUGAUCCCAACAAGUUGGUUCGCAUCUUAAUUCACUUAAGAGGGGUGUUAAACUGGAUAAAGAUAGAAUAUAACAAUCCUAAAAUCCUGAUAAUGGAGAAUGGGUGGUUUUCAAACAGCAACAUCCAAACUGAAGACACCACAACAGUCUACAUCAUGAAGAAGUUUAUCAAUGAUAUCCUGCAAGCAAUUAAAUAUGAUGAGGUAAAGGUGUUCGGCUACACAGCCUGGUCUUUGAUGGACAGCUUUGAAUGGCAAGAAGGCUACAAAAUAAGACGAGGGUUGUUCUAUGUAGAUUUCACCAACAAGAACAAAGGAAUUACCCCAAAAUCUUCUGCAUUAUAUUUUAAACAAAUCAUACAACAGAACGGUUUUCUAGAAGAAGCUCCAGAACCAGCAAUUCAUGGACAGUUCCCCUGUGACUUCUCCUGGGGGAUAACAGAUUCGGUAUUAAAGGCAGAGCUGGUUCCAUCAUCUCCUCAGUUUGUGGAUCGUAAAUUGUACGCGUGGAACAUUACAGGUGAUGGCAAUCUGCAUGCAAUAAAAGGAGUGGAGCUAAAGACUCGGCCGGCCCAAUGUGCUGAUUUCAUCACCAUCAAAAAACAACUAGCCCUACUGAAAAAUAUGAAAGUCACUUAUUAUAGAUUUGCUCUUAACUGGUCUUUGAUAAUGCCAAAAGGUGACUUAUCCUCAGUUAACAAAGAAGUUCUGAGAUAUUAUCGUUGCAUGAUAACUGAGGCCUCCAAACAUGGAAUAAAGACCAUGCUAACGCUUUAUUACCCGACACAUGGAUCCCAAAGUCUUCCUGGACCAUUGUUAGGAAAUGGAGGCUGGUUAAACAGAACCAUUACUCAGGCUUUCAGAGACUAUGCUAAGCUGUGCUUUGAUCAAUUUGGUCAUCUGGUAAAACAGUGGAUCACUAUUAAUGAGCCAAACCGCUUAAGCCAAUAUUACCAUAACAGCAGUAACAACACCUACCAAGCAGUGCACAAUGCAAUCAUAGCCCAUUCCAUGGCAUGGCAUUUGUAUGACAAGAUCUAUAGACCACAUCAACAAGGUCAGAUAUCCUUGUCUUUACAUACAGACUGGGCUGAGCCUGCAAAUCCCUUCCUAGAUUCCCACGCUGAAGCUGCAGAGAGAUUCCUGCAGUUUGACAUUGCUUGGAUUGCUGAGCCAGUCUUUGGGUCAGGAGACUAUCCCACACUCAUGAGACAAUACAUCAUCACCAAAAAUCAAAAGGGAAUGACAAAGUCUUUCUUACCCUAUUUCACAGAGGAGGAGAAGAAAAGUGUGAAAGGUACAGCAGACUUUUUUGCCAUGAACCAUUUCACCACUAGACUGGUGAUUCACGAGACAAAGAACGAUAGCAGAUUUGAAUCGGAUCGAGACAUUCACUUUCUGUCAGAUGCAACACGUCUAACAUCAUUCAAUGGGCUAGCAGUCGUACCGCAUGGUAUUAGACGACUCCUGAACUGGAUAAGGAAGAACUAUGGAAACAUUGCUAUUUAUAUAACAGCAAAUGGAGUAGAUGACAAGGCAUUAGAAAAGGAUGAACUUAGGAUAUAUUACCUACAGAAAUACAGCCAGCAGUUGUUACAAGCCUACCUACAUGACAACAUCAACUUAAAGGGAUACUAUGCUUUCAAAUUGACUGAUAAAACAAAGCCUCAAUAUGGAUUCUACAGCUCCGUUAUUUUCGACAUGAAAGCCAAGAUGUCAGUGACCACGUACAGUGCAAUAAUCGCUGCCAAUGGCUUUCCACUGGACCAAGUUGGAAAUGACUGCAAAAUGACGGACAAAGACAACUCCUGCUCAUUCUGCACAUUUCUACAUGAGAAGAAACCACUCAUCUUCUUCAGCUUCUGUCUGUUUUCCACGGCCACCCUUCUAUUAACUGUUACAAUAAUCCGAAAGUACAAACGCAAGAGGAGAAAACUACACUCUGUGAAACGCCAGCAUAAUGCUUGCUUCCUUAUCAAAAAGAAAGAGGGAUUCAGCCACUGCUGAUCCACAUUGCACCUAAAACUGACUGUUUUACUAUAAAUCCACUCCAUUUGUUCAAGUCAAAGAUGUAUAGACUUUUAUUGUCACUUCGUCAUAUUUAUAUCUCUUUACUUGCUUUGCCGGAGCAGAAAACUGAUGUUCCCAUGAGUGGAACCUAUAUAGAAAUUAAUUUAUAAACUGAUAUUCUACUGUACAUUUUUCAUUAUUUAAAAAAGAAAAAAAUACCUUUCCAAAAUAUUGGUUAAGUUUGAAUUGUCUUCUAGCAGAUUGGUGGCACUUUUUUGUGAAAAUACUGUCAUGUAUUUAAUUAAAAUGCUGCUGGUCUCACCGUCUGAGAUGAGGGGUGAUGCUUUUUCACACUCCACCUCAAUUAUAGGGUUGAUGACAAGGUGGUCAGUGACAUAUACAGUGGUCCCUCCAGUUACAAUAUAAAUCAGUUUAUAGACUGAAGCCAUUGUAUCUUGAGACCAUAAUUCUAUGGAAAACUAGUCAUUUGUUCUAAAGCCUCAAAAUGUCCUCCCGAAAUUAGAAAAAAAUUUAAAGGUUAAAGAAAAAUAACAAAGUUACAAAUACAGAUAUAGCAAUUCCUUACAUAUUAAAGUCACAAAUAGCUGCAAGCUAUAAAUCAUUUUUUGCAGGUGCUUCUUCAGGGUCCUGUACACAUCGGAGAUACAAAAUGGAACCAUCCUCUCCUGGUGUCCA